AUGCAUGUCAUGCAAGAAAAGCUCCGACAAGAGAGAGAAAUGCAGCCUGUAUGUAGAAAGUGUAGAACGAAACAUUUUGUUAUCCCCGAGGAAGGAGUAUCAUGUUGCCCAUUAGAUGAUAUACGUUUCAUAAAGAGGUUUUAUACGAAAAAAAUGAAUUUCCCAAGCGCGAACUUGGUGCUCGGAGACGACGUUCUGGAGUUUCAUGUAGAUCCCGAAUUAUUUUUUUUUGAAAAGACAUUUUCUCUCAAUGUUUUUGAGAAAAUACCUUUUCCAAUGAUUUGUAAGUUGGUGGAAAGCGAAGAUGUUUCUGAUCUCUACGAGCGUUUAUUAGCUCUUUCUAUUAUUAAAGUGAACUCCAUGACAAAUUUGAUCUCAUUAUCUAUUAUUUUGGAUUACCUAAAACUAUUUCUUUCAUAUCCUAGGCCAGUUCAGAGUCAAAUGCUUGGCUUGCGUAAUAAAUUAGUAUUAGACAAUUUGAAAAAAGAUGGCACAAAAUCGAAAGGAACUCAGUUCUUAGAACUUUUUUUGACAUUAAUGAACCGAUAUUGGGUUCACAACAAAGAAUUGGAUGAGACUAUCGGUCUUUUUGAUUGGACUGGUUUAUUCGAGUUUAAGAAGAAUACUGCGAAGCCAUAUUUCAAAAUCAAAGGAAAGAAGUUGCAAAUUCCGUUCCCAUUCGAAGAUGAUUCUAAUAUGGAAUAUAUUCAUCCAUACAAGCGAAACUUGUUACCCGAUAACAAUGAUAGAGGGAUGAUUAUGAAUACAGAGAGUGGUUUGUGUUGGAUAGAUGCAAAUUGGGUGUCUCAUCCAGUUCCGGAGGAACUUUAUUGCAAAGUUAUCAAUGGUGAGAUGACUCCAACUGAUGCUGAGCCAAAUGGAGGUGGCCAUUCAAAGUCAACGGUCACUCCAAAAAAUGUGUCUAAGGAACCAACACAUAAAUCAAAAGCUCAAGCUCCAUGCGUGAAUAGUCCAAGUACUGAUGCUACUCCAACCGCUGCUGCUACAGCUGCCGCUAAUGCUGCUGCUUUCUCUGCUGGGCUGCUGACUGAGCGCCAAACAGAUCAGUUGGUCAGGGCUAUGUAUAUAACUCAUUGCAUACGUAGAGCCACUGAGGUAGAACAACAGGGUUCUUUCACCCCGAUUUCAAGUAAUUUCAUUAUUCCAAAAGACGAACCAGUAACUCAUACUCACUCUACUCAUUAUUUGCCGGCUCCACCUAGUAUGACCUCUCGACCACCACCACCACCAAUUCAUGUGAUGCCUUCACACGGUGCAGAUGAAGAUCUUAAUACACAGUUUAGUUCUGAAGACUCGCGUGGAAAUCAGCUCGCCGAAGCUUUCGAUCAAUUCCAAAGUCGAAUAGUAAAUGCUGAAAUAGAACGAGCGAACAACGUCUUGCCACCAGAAAAUCAAUCCGAGGACAAUCCGUUCGGUAACACGGUUUAUAUACCGUUCCCUAUGCCACCCCUGCUUAAAUAUAGCAAAGGACCUGACGACGAUUACUACAGCGUUAGUGAUAACGAGGAGAAAAAAUUGGAAUAUUUGGACUUCAUUGAAAGAAACUAUGGAGAAAGUGCUCGCAAUGCGGUCGCUAAUCAAUUAUUGCCGAACACUAGUGAAUAUCAAGCAUGUGAUGCAUUUGUAGACGGAAUUGAAAACGAAAGUGCAGUCAGGGAAGAGAACCAAGAAACUGAAAAACCUGUGUCGAUUGCUUCGCAACUAGAAGGUAGCCUCAAAAAACUUUCGAUCCACCACAACCCAGCUGAUGAAGAUCUGUCUAGCCCCAAAUCGAAGAAAGUCAGACAUAAUGUUUCUGCCGAAACUUCGAGCAGUAGUAAUGGCCAGCAAGAUAUUGAUCGCAAGAUGAGGGAAGCAAUGAACGCCGAAGCUCUAGACAUGGAAAGUUUGAUCGCUGAAACUCUAGCUAAAAAGCUAACGUCAGUGUUUAUCAGUCAUGGAGUUCCGUGUCAGUUGCCCGUUCCAUUAAACGAUCUAAAAACUGCAUCGAAACAAGGUUCCGCUCAACCAGUUCCAUCAGCUGCUAAGCCAAAACCUCCUCCUGUUCAUAGAAUGCCUGUCAUGAAAGGAACGUCUUAUAUGGGUGCUUCCACUGCGCUAACGCAAACUUCUGCUGAAUGGUCAACAUUAAACCGUCUGACAACGAUUGGCGGCAAAGAGUUGAUGGGUGUGAAUCCUUAUCCUCCGAAGCCUUUAAGAAACAAUAGAAACACCUCACCGUCUAAAUACGCUGAAGCAAGAAGAGCUAGAGAAGCUAGAAAGGCUCAAAUUCAAGCUCAAAAUCAAACUCAAGCUCAAGCCCAAGCUCAAGCCCAAACUCAAGCUCAAACUCAAAUACAAGCACCAAAAAAACCAGUUCCACGUACUGAUUCGCGGAAGCCUGUCAAUGUUAAAAUUAUCAAGAAACUUCGUUGGAGCCGAACUCAAAUUGCUAAUGCUCUAAUUAAACGAACUCCACAACAGUUCACAGAACUGAAACGUUAUUUCGCUACAAGCGCAGAUGAUUCCGUUUGGGCCAUAGAGACUGGAGUUUUUGAACUCAGAAACUUGAUUGACGAAGAAAGCUUGGUCAAGGAAACUUAUGCCGAAUGGAGAAAAAGAAAUGAAGAUUUGAUCGCCCGUUUCAAGCACAAUGCACUUUAUUUGUUGGAUCACUUGGAUUUUGAUUUAGAUUUGAAGCCUGAAGGAUCUCAAUGA